AUGCUUCAACCCCGACUUGCCCUUCGGGGCAUUCGGCUGCCAUUCAGGUGUUUACCUGCCGUCCCAUCCAUUCCCACUCGCCGCUUCGCAACCGUCAUCAGUGAGCUCGAAACUCCGUCUGAGAAGCCUUCCACCGCUGGCUUUGACCCUACUGCCUCUUUCGCACCUCCCCCAGCUCGCGGCGAUACCGGCGUGAACAUUCGCAAAUAUACUCCGCGCACCCCCGGUGUCCGACACUUGCGACGACCGGUUAACGACCACCUCUUCAAAGGUCGCCCUGUUCACCGCUUGACAUUUCCCAAGCGUGGUCAUGCCAAGGGUGGCCGUAACAACACCGGCCGAGUCACGGUUCGUCACCACGGAGGUGGUCACAAGCGUCGAAUCCGCACCGUGGAUUUCUUGCGGAUGGAUCCCGGCCCUCAUCUAGUUGAGCGCAUCGAGUAUGAUCCCGGCCGAAGUGCACAUAUUGCUUUGCUCCGCAGCAAUGAAACCAAGAAACUGAGCUAUGUCCUCGCAGCGGACGGCAUGCGUGCUGGAGAGACGGUCCAGAGUUACAUGCCCGGUAUCCCUGACGAUUUGUGGAAAAGCAUGGGAGGUACAGUUGACCCUGGUGUGCUGGCAGCCAGGACCGCAUGGAGAGGAAACUGCCUGCCUCUGCACAUGAUUCCUGUCGGCACUCUCAUCUUCAACGUGGGAUUGCGGCCCGGGAAAGGUGGCCAGCUCUGCCGUAGUGCAGGAACUUAUGCCACCGUGGUUGCCAAGGGCAGUGACUCCCGCCAGCAGGAGAUCGAACCUGAAACCGAUCAACCGGAGGCGGAAAAGAAGCCUUUGACCCUCCGUGAAAGACAGAAGCAGGAGCGUCUGGCUCAGCAUAUUACUAUCCGCCUCGCUAGCGGCGAGUCUCGUCUCAUCCACAAGGAUUGCUGUGCCACUAUCGGUAUUGCUAGCAACCCGAAUUAUCACUACACCCAGCUUGGUAAGGCCGGUCGAUCCCGCUGGCUCAACAUUCGUCCGACUGUCCGUGGUCUGGCCAUGAACGCCAUGGACCACCCUCACGGUGGUGGUCGUGGUAAGUCCAAGGGUAAUGUUGAUCCCAAGAGUCCCUGGGGUAUUCCGACCAAAUCCGGCUACAAGACUCGCCCGAAGUGGAAGAUCAACAAGGCGGUUGUCCACCCCAGACCCCGCAACCAAGGCCAGCGUCGUCGUAAGAACAACUAG